GCAUGUUUUAAAAUUAUGGACAGUCCCGAGGCACCCUUUAAAAUUAUGGACAGUCUGGAGGUACCCCUUAAAAUUAUGGACAGUCUGGAGGCACCCUUUAAAAUUAUGGACAGUCUGGAGGCACCCUUUCAAAUUAUGGGCAGUCUGGAGGCACCCUUUAAAAUUAUGGACAGUCUAGAGGCACUUUUUAAAAUUAUGGACAGUCUGGAGGUACCCCUUAAAAUUAUGGACAGUCUGGAGGUACCCCUUAAAAUUAUGGACAGUCUGGAGGCACCCUUUAAAAUUAUGGACAGUCUGGAGGCACCCCAUUCGAAAAUG